GUGGGAGAUCGCGUCCAUCGCGACAUCUUCCAGCACAAUGCCUCGCGCACGAGUGCACAUGCGCAGGCGACUUCCAACUCGGCGGUGAACACUAUUGACCUGGGGUAUAUACCGCUGUCAUCAAUGUGCCAAAAUGUGGGACAUCUAACAAACAAUCUACGAGGCGAUUCUUUGGCAUCGUGCCUUGCGAAGUGCGACGCGCGGGGGGACUGCAGAGGCGUCGAAACAAAUGGCAUCGAUUGUUACCUGAAGUUCAGGUGCGAAGGUGUAGAAGGCAGCUGUGGUGGGGGGUGGUGCGCUUGGGUAAAGGUGACAAACAGCCCCACGCCCUACCCGACGCCCUUCCCGACAGCCUUCCCGAGUCCCUAUCCGACGCCGUCCCCAACGCCUGAUCCGACGCCCAACCCGACGGCUUUCCCGACGCCUUUCCCAACUACCUUUCCGACGCCCUUCCCAACAGCCUUCCCGACAGCCUUCCCGAGUCCCUAUCCGACGCCGUCCCCAACGCCUGAUCCGACGCCCAACCCGACGGCUUUCCCGACGCCUUUCCCAACUGCCUUCCCGACGCCCUUCCCAACAGCCUUCCCGACAGCCUUCCCGAGUCCUUUCCGACGCCGUCCCGCCUGA